UAUUAAUUAUUUUGAUAGAGUCAAAUCUAGGUUUACAAUGAGCCACGUGUGCUUUGUACGUGUCACUACCAUUAUGCUCCACCUGUUCUCUCCGAUCUCACCCUCUUUCUUCAAAGGAGUACGAGACGACGUUUCUCGCGCUCGAACACAUCCAGAAUUUUCCGGCGUCACAACCUUUCGCAGACCUAACACCAUUUUCUCAUAGAGCAAUUCUAAUCAAGGAGAAGGCAAUUGAUUAAACUUUAGAUUUUCCGGCCAAGAGAAUUAGAGAGAAUGAGGACAAUUGCGUCGCGUUUACUCCAUUUUAGCCCUUCACUCGCUAAACUCAAUGCAUUCUCUGUAUCCGGGAACAGCAGAUACUUGUCAACAGAUUCUAAUAAGGUUGAUGAGCCCUUUAAGGUUCAAGAAGCAGGGACUGUAAAUGUCUCUUCACAAACUGAUUCUAACAAGGUUGAUGAGCCCUUCAAAGUUCAGGAAGCAGAGACAGUUAAUGUGCCACCACCUCCAACAGAGAAGUUACUUGUGUUGGGUGGGAAUGGAUUUGUUGGCUCACAUGUUUGUAGAGAAGCUUUAGAUCGUGGCAUUUCUGUUGCCAGCAUUAGCAGGUCUGGUAGGUCAUCUUUACAUGAUUCCUGGGCUAAUAAUGUGACUUGGUAUAAAGGAAACCUUCUCUCAUCUGAUUCCUGGAUGGAAGCUCUUGAUGGAGUGACUUCUGUUGUCUCCUGUAUUGGUGGUUUUGGCACCAACUCCUACAUGUACAAGAUUAAUGGGACAGCAAACAUCAAUGCAAUUAGAGCUGCUUCAGAGAAAGGUGUGAAAAGAUUUGUUUAUAUCUCUGCUGCUGACUUUGGCGUGGCAAAUUACUUAUUGCAAGGAUAUUAUGAAGGAAAGAGAGCUGCUGAAACAGAGUUGCUUACAAAAUUUCCUUAUGGAGGAGUGAUUCUCAGGCCUGGUUUUAUAUAUGGAACUCGAAGUGUUGGCAGCUUGAAGAUACCCUUAGGGGUAAUUGGUUCUCCAAUGGAGAUGAUUCUUCAACAUGCAAAACCUCUAAAACAGCUCCCACUUGUAGGACCUCUGUUCACUCCUCCUGCCAAUGUCACUGCGGUGGCAAAUGUUGCUGUCAGGGCAGCCACUGAUCCUGUUUUUCCUCCUGGCAUCGUAGAUGUGUAUGGCAUUCAGCGCUAUAGUCAGAGAAAAUCAAGAUAGACUUUUAACCUCUUCAUUUCCUUUUCUGAUCAAAAUAUAGAGCUCUUGAUGCCGAAAUUUCUCGAUAAUGUAAAUUAUUGCCUUGGCUACUUGGACUUUGAAGGAAGGGUUCGGUGAGCUGAGAUGGAAGAUUUUUCAGUUCAGUGAACUGAGAUGAAAAAUUUUUCAGUUCACUCAAGCAAUAAAAUUUACCAUACCUUUGGAAUAGUAGACUGGUUAUGAGGUUUUUGAAAGGAUGAUUAGUGUCUCGAGAUUUCGAUGCCUGCCAUGAAUAUAUCAGACGGUCUCCCUGUUGAAAUCCA